AUGGCAAGUCCGCCGACUCCAAAAAUAGAGAUUCUAGAUGAUGAAGAAAAUGUAAUUGACAUACAGUCGGACAAUGAGCUAUCCACAGAGAAUACAGAAAUUACUGAAGCUUCUAAUUAUAUGCGACUUUUCGAUCUGUAUCCCACUAUCACAAGAUUUUCUGACGAAUUUAAGAAAGGACGGGGAAAUGUUGUGCAAAUUGAAUACGCAAAUGGGAACACUUUUGAGGGGAAAACUGUGAAUGAUUUGCUGCAAGGCCAUGGUGAAUUUCAUUGGUCAGAGACAGGAGCAACAUAUACUGGUGACUUCAAAGCCAAUACAAUUACAGGGCGUGGAAAAAUUGUUUGGUUGAAUAAAAGUGAGUAUGUUGGUGAUGUUGUUAAUGGAAUUCGACACGGAAAUGGAAAAUAUACGGAUUCCAAUGGACUUGAAUACAUUGGUCAGUGGAAAAAUGGCAAGAAACACGGGAAAGGUCGAUUAAAUUUUACAAGUGACGGUUCUGUUUAUUAUGAUGGUGAUUGGUACUGUGGUCUACGUCAUGGUUACGGUGUUUAUCACUAUUCUAACGGUGCAACCUAUGAAGGACAGUGGAAAGAUGGUAAGCGUCACGGAGAGGGAACAAUGCACUGGAGCGAUCGCGAUGAGAUUUAUACUGGUAGUUGGGUUAACGGUAAACAGCAUGGUUUAGGUUGUCAUGCUUGGCAUAUUUUACGAGUUAGAACCUCACAAUAUUGUUUACCCAAUGUUUAUGAUGGUCAGUGGGCUGACGGCAAGCGUAACGGACUUGGUACAUUCCACUACCCAAAUGGAUCCAAAUAUGUUGGUUAUUGGAAAGAUAAUCUCAAACAUGGAAAAGGAACACUUAUACUAAAAGAUGGAAGAAUAUUCGAGAGAACAUUUUAUGAAGAUCAACUGGUCAACCCGGAUGCUGAUUCGAUACCACCAAGUGUUGACCAACCAAGUCUGGAAAGACAAGACACACGUGUACCUCUUGCCACAGGCAUAAAUCAUCCACGAAGUCCGUAUAGUAAUAGUAUUACUACUACUACUACUACUACUACUACUACUACUACUACUACUACUACUACUACUACUACUACUACUACUACUACUACUACUACUACUACUACUACUACUACUACUACUACUACUACUACUACUACUACUACUACUACUACUACUACUACUACUACUACUACUACUACUACUACUACUACUACUACUACUACUACUACUACUACUACUACUACUACUACUACUACUACUACUACUACUACUACUACUACUACUACUACUACUACUACUACUACUACUACUACUACUACUACUACUACUACUACUACUACUACUACUACUACUACUACUACUACUACUACUACUACUACUACUACUACUACUACUACUACUACUACUACUACUACUACUACUACUACUACUACUACUACUACUACUACUACUACUACUACUACUACUACUACUACUACUACUACUACUACUACUACUACUACUACUACUACUACUACUACUACUACUACUACUACUACUACUACUACUACUACUACUACUACUACUACUACUACUACUACUACUACUACUACUACUACUACUACUACUACUACUACUACUACUACUACUACUACUACUACUACUACUACUACUACUACUACUACUACUACUACUACUACUACUACUACUACUACUACUACUACUACUACUACUACUACUACUACUACUACUACUACUACUACUACUACUACUACUACUACUACUACUACUACUACUACUACUACUACUACUACUACUACUACUACUACUACUACUACUACUACUACUACUACUACUACUACUACUACUACUACUACUACUACUACUACUACUACUACUACUACUACUACUACUACUACUACUACUACUACUACUACUACUACUACUACUACUACUACUACUACUACUACUACUACUACUACUACUACUACUACUACUACUACUACUACUACUACUACUACUACUACUACUACUACUACUACUACUACUACUACUACUACUACUACUACUACUACUACUACUACUACUACUACUACUACUACUACUACUACUACUACUACUACUACUACUACUACUACUACUACUACUACUACUACUACUACUACUACUACUACUACUACUACUACUACUACUACUACUACUACUACUACUACUACUACUACUACUACUACUACUACUACUACUACUACUACUACUACUACUACUACUACUACUACUACUACUACUACUACUACUACUACUACUACUACUACUACUACUACUACUACUACUACUACUACUACUACUACUACUACUACUACUACUACUACUACUACUACUACUACUACUACUACUACUACUACUACUACUACUACUACUACUACUACUACUACUACUACUACUACUACUACUACUACUACUACUACUACUACUACUACUACUACUACUACUGUGCUGAUAAUUUUCAUUGUUAUUACUUGUGAUGACAUUGAUUGCAAUCAUCAAGUAGUGAUAGCAUGCUUAUCGAAUUUCCAUUCCUUUUUUUAUAUUUCAGACUGCAUUUCUGAUUCUACAGAGAAAAGUGGUGUUUUCAAGGAUACCUCUGACAGUAAUUUGUUAGAAAGUUACCUGAAGCCUCACAUAUCCCCCUCGGAUUAUAACUGCUAUGAAUUGCAAAAUAUGCAAAAUGUAAUAACAACCUAUUUGGCUCCAUUGCGUAGUAUAUAUAGAUUUUAUGGGAAACUUGGUAUGACACAGUUACCAGAUAAUACAAUUAUACUCCGUUACGUUCAAUUCUGUCAGUUCCUAAAGGAUUGUAAACUUCAUCUACACACAAGUUUAGCUGCUUUAGACAGAAUAAUUGCUAUAUCGUUCGGAAAUGAAGACAUCGAUGAAACAUGCGUACAGAAUCCUGAAAAGUUGAUUUCAUUUGGUUCUUUUGUAAAUAUCCUCGUUAUCUUAGCUUGCAGCUUGUACACACAAGAAGAAUUAUACAUUAGUGAAAAAGGCCACAAAAGCAAACCGAGCGAUGCACUGCUUUAUUUAUUAACUCAAGCAAUCUUUCCAAAUGCCUGCAAAGUUUCUGGUAUUUUAUAUCAAGAUUCUGAAAAAUCAAAAGAAAUCCAUUUAUUUUUACAACCACUUCAUCAAGCUUAUAGAUUUUUGGUACAUAUGAAAAGGAGAUUCCAGACGACAGUAUCGCGACCACCAUACACUAUGACAAUGCGAACUUUUAUCUUUAUCCUCAAGGAUUUUAACAUGUUGGAUAGUAAAAUUACCGUGAGAGAUGUUGUUGAAAUAUUAUGCAAGUGUAAUCCAGUAGCCGGUACAAUAGAUGAAUACAAUACUGAUACAGAGCUCACAUUUUUUGACUUUUUUGAAGCACUUAUUCAUUGUACGCUGAUUAUAUUGUUGAAGAAAGACGAGCCACAAGAGAAGCUCAUUGAAGACAAAACAAAAGUCAAUGUGACUGAUCUACUUGUACGACAAGGUAGAAGAAUGUCGCGCAGACCAAGUUCUUCGAGACUUUCGAAAAACGCUUAUAACAAAAAACAGAAGGAGAAAAAAAGUAAAGGCAAGAAAAGUACAGACGUUCGAAAAUCUAGUAUGUCCCCUGAAUUUCAGAUUGAAAAACUGGAGAAAAACGAAUCACCAGAAGAAACUAAUAUUCAAGAACAACAAUCGACAGACAAUAAUCCUGAGCUAGACAAAACAGAUACAUCUAUGCACAAUGAACCCGAAUCAUGGGAAUCGCACAUCAAAAGCUUUUUAGGCAGAUUUCUCACUUCAGUUGAAGAAUUACAAAUUCAGUAUAACAGAGUUUACAGUAACGAACAAACAACAAAAUGUCUUACUCUUUCAGCAUAUCAUUAA